AUGGACCUCCUCAUGAGGAAGAAACCUGAGGAGCAAGGAGAGAGAAAAAUGAGCAGCUGGGUGGUUGAGGUUGACGAUAAACUCGAAAUGAUGGGCAAUGCUUCUUCAAGUUCAUCCCCCAAGAAACAAUCUAUCUACAGAGUACCAACCUUCAUUGCAGAUCCAAACAAGAAGGUGUACAGUCCUCAUGCAGUCUCAUUUGGCCCUUACCAUCACGAUGAGGUUCGUUUGAAACCAAUGGAGUCUCACAAGGAGCGUUCUCUUCUUCAUUUUCUUCAGAGAACUAAAGUUCCUCUAAAAACCAUCUUCGAUUCCUUCGCCCAAGUGGAACAAGAGUUGAAAGAUUCAUAUGAUUCACUUGAUUCUAAGUGGCAAACUGACAACGAAGGCUUCUUGAAACUGAUGAUUGUUGAUGGCUGUUUCAUGCUGAAAAUUUUUCAGGCAGUCACUAAAACUCCGGCCGAUUAUGACGCCGACGAUCUGAUUUUCGGCAAUCACGGGAAGCUCUAUAUCAUGCCGUUUAUCAAGCGGGCAUCUCCCCUCCAGACCCAUGGCAUUCCACCCCUUCCUUCAUCCCCUCUUAGCUACUCGUCAGCAAGCUUUCCUCUGAAACUGAAAGACAUUCUUGAUUCCUUCGCCCAAGUGGAAGAAGAGUUGAAAGAUUCAUAUGAUUCACUUGAUCCUAAGUGGCAAAGUGACUCAAGUGACAAAGAAGGGUUCUUGAAUGUGAUGAUUAUUGAUGGCUGUUUCAUGCUGGAAAUUUUCCGGGCAGCCAUUAAAACUCCGGACGAUUAUCACUCCGACGAUCCAAUUUUCGGCAAUCACGGGGAGCUCAAUAUCAUGCCGUUUAUCAAGAGGGACAUGUUGAUGCUGGAAAAUCAACUGCCCAUGCUUGUUCUUGACAAGCUUCUGGCAAUUAGUAAGAAUGGUGACGAGUCCAUCAACGAGUUGAUCCAUAAGUUCUGUAAUCCCGACUCUCGUGACAUUCCUCCACCGACGGGAAAAUGCUUGCACGUACUUGAUAUGUUUCGGAAAAGCCUGUUCAUGAAACCUUCCGUCACCAUCUCCAUGACCGGCAUGGGCAUUGGAACCGUUACCGGCACCGGCAUGGAUACUGGAACUGUCACUAGAAUCGCUUUUGAACACUGCCAUGUCGGCGCCGGCCUUGAGGUGACCUCAUAUAUCCGGUUCGUGGACAACCUCAUCGACACCUCUUCUGACGUCAGGUUUCUUCAGUCCAAAAGGAUCGUUCAAAAUUUCAUCGGAAGUGACAAAGGUGCAGCGAAUCUGUUCAACACAAGCUCUAAGAACUUGACGAUAGAUCCGGCGAGUAAGCUGGGUUGGUGGCGAGCCAAUCUGAUACAUACUUACUUCCCCAAUCCAUGGACUCUUAUCUCCGUGGUGGCCGCCGGUGUUCUUUUUGAUCUCACCAAAGCUCAGACUGCCUACGGCACAUUGCAAUACUACCAAGGCUAA